AUGGUCGGUGAGAAGAAGAGAACCGUGUAUAGAAAGAAGAGAAAAGGAAAACCGUUCUCUGGAAAGCAAAAGCAUGACAAAACUCCGAGCGUUUCAAGAGAAAACCAGCUGAGCACCUCCCAGGAAAAUUCGUCUAUAUCCUCCUCUGAGAUACCACGUGUUAGUGCAUCAAGAAGAAAAUUAAACCUCCCAGAGUCCAUUGAAACCCCCGAUCAGGUGAUGGAUUUUGAUAAGAAGGGCUAUCGUCUUAUAGAUAUCGCCAAAUUUUCCGAUUCACUAUCCGAAGCACAUGUGUGUGAUGAAGGUAAGUACUAAAAGUAGCCUUGUGCCGGAUUGUGUAUCACUGUUUGUGUGUAUGAAUUUUCUUAUAGUUUAUCAUUUUGUGUCCUUGAAAUGCUUUCGACUAGUUUAUAUCUUUUCUAUAGAACACAGUUUGAAAUUCCUAAACAGUUACAUCAUUUUUUAAAGUUGUAAUGUUUUGUACUUGUUUCAGUUAUUUAUUGUUUCUCUUCAAAAGCUAGAUUCCAUUGUAUCAAGAAUUUAAAAAUUGUUGCAGUCUAGUAUUUCAUCGAUCUUUUUAUUUUCUAAUUAAUAAUUAUCGUCAAUUAUUAGGCAGCUUGAUGAUCCAGGAAAAUAUAUCAGGAAGACGUGGUCUGAUGAGUGACCUUUCAGCUAGUUGCUCUUCAUGCCAAGAGGAGUCCGAUUUGGAGACCUCGCCUACCAUACCUGGCAAAGGUUAUUCCGCUGAUGUAAACCGUCGAGCAGUAUAUCAUUCUGUAGAGACAGGCGGUGGUUAUGAAAGCCUUGUAACAUUCUGCAGCAUCAUCAACAUGCCUUGUAUUAGUAAGACUGCAUACUAUCAACAUUUGGACACUAUUGUAAGUGCUCUUGAGGCGGAAGCGAAAGAGGAAAUGCGACAGGCUGCACAAAAGCUCAGGAAACUCAUUUUAGCAGAAAACGAAUCUGAGGAUGACGGUUCCAUUGUUGACGUUGGAGUCAGCUUUGAUGGCACAUGGGCUAAAAGAGGGUUUACAUCUCUCAUUGGUGUUGUGUUUGCCAUAUCAAUAGACACUGGGGAAGUCCUUGACUACCAUGUGGUUUCGAAAACAUGUCAGCGAUGUGCCUUGAAGAAAGGACAGUGUGAGAAUGAUGAAGAAUUUGAAGACUGGGAGAUCGAGCAUGUGUUUUCUGGUGAGUGCGUAAUAAAUUUUAAUGGAAAUUCCCCAGCAAUGGAGGUGGAAGGUGCAAAAAUUAUAUGGAACAGGUCAAUUGAACUACAUAACCUUAGAUACAAGUGGAUGAUAUCAGAUGGGGACAGCAAAGCCUUUAGUGCCAUUGAAGAUACGUAUGAUGAAGUGAAAGUAGAAAAGUUGGAUUGUGUUGGCCAUGUCCAAAAAAGAAUGGGAAAGAAUCUCCUAAAAUUAAAGAAUGCUACUAAAGGCAAACUUGCCGAUGGAAAGACAGUUGGUGGACGUGGACGACUUACCGAAAAGAAAAUUUUACAAAUUCAGCGUUAUUAUGGCUUAGCGAUACGGCAGAAUACCUUGUCUACCCCAAAUCUAACAGAGAAUGAUGUGUCAGUUUCUGUUUACACCAUGAAAAAGAACAUAAUAGCCCUUUUGAACCAUUCAAUUCAGAAUGAAGAUCCCACAAAGCAACAUCGCUUUUGUCCUGUUGGUGAAAACUCUUGGUGCAAAUGGCAGCAGGAUUGUGCAAUGGGUACAAGCAUGUACAAAGGAGAUGAUUGUCUGCCACCAGUUUUCCUAGAGUUCCUGAAGCCCACAUUCAUGCAUCUCAGUGAUUCCAAGCUACUUGAAAGAUGUGUUAGAGGUAAAACUCAAAAUAAUAAUGAGUCUAUCAAUUCGUUAGUGUGGGCUCGAUGUCCUAAACAUAAGCAUCAUGGGGUAAAGGUGGUGAAAUGUGCGGUCGCAUCAGCCGUCUGA